UUUGAUCUUAAUAACAACAAAUUAUACACAAAUUUUUGCUGUUGAUGAAGAAGAAAAUUUGAUAUAUGUUAGAUAUAUUAAAAGUCAUAACUUGAGUAUAGAAAGUUUAAAAACAAACAUCAAGUCUAUUGAAAAAGAUUAUGAAG